GGAAGUGAGCGCGCGGGCGAGCUUCAACCUAGCGCCGCGGCCUCCCGAGCGUCAGAGGGGCAGCCCUAGGGGAGAGUGAGAGGGGAGCCGGGCGCGGUCGUACGAGCGUCGGAGCUGCGCUCUUUCUCUCUCGGACGGCGGCACGGUGCUUUCCGGCUGCCGUCAAGCGCCGCAGUGGGCCGGCCGGCGGGGGCCGAGGGGCUGCCAUGGCGGCGGCGGCGGCGGCGGCGGGCCGGCUGCCGGGCUGCUGGGUGCUGCUGGCGCCGCUGCUUGGGGGGCUCGCGCUGCUGGGAGUCGGGCCGGUCCCGGUGCGGGCGCUGCACAACGUCACGGCCGAGCUCUUUGGGGCCGAGGCCUGGGGCACGCUGGCGGCCUUCGGAGACCUCAACUCUGACAAGCAGACGGACCUCUUCGUGCUGCGGGAAAGAAAUGAUUUAAUCGUCUUUUUGGCAGACCAGACCGCACCCUAUUUUAAACCCAAAGUAAAUAUAUCCUUGAACAAUUACAGUACAUUGAUAACAAGUGUAGUCCCGGGGGAUUAUGAUGGAGAUUCACAAAUGGAUGUUCUUCUGACAUAUCUUCCCCAAAAUCUUGCCAGCGGUGAAUUAGGAGCUGUUAUCUUCUGGGGACAGAAUCAAACAUUAGAUUCUAGCAAUAUGACCAUACUCAACAGGACUUUUCAGGAUGAACCACUAAUUAUGGACUUCAAUGGUGAUCUAAUUCCUGAUAUAUUUGGUAUCACAAAUGAAUCCAGCCAGCCACAGAUACUAUUAGGAGGGAAUUUAUCAUGGCAUGCUGCAUUGACCACUAAAAAUAAAAUGCGAAUUCCACAUUCUCAUGCAUUCAUUGAUCUGACUGAAGAUUUUACCGCAGAUUUAUUCCUCACAACAUUGUCUGCCUCUGGUACCUUCCAGUUUGAGAUAUGGGAAAAUUUGGAUGGAAAUUUCUCUGCCAGUACUGUAUUAGAAAAACCUCAAAGUAUGAUGGUGGUUGGACAGUCAGCAUUUGCCGACUUUGAUGGAGAUGGAAACAUGGAUCACUUAUUGCCAGGCUGUGAAGAUAAGAACUGCCAGAAAAGUGCCAUUUACUUAGCAAGAUCCAGGACAAAGCAGUGGAUUCCUGUCCUACAGGAUUUUAGCAAUAAGGGCACACUCUGGGGCUUUGUGCCUUUUGUGCAUGAACAACAACCACCGGAAAUACCGAUUCCAAUUACCCUUCAUAUUGGAGACUACAACAUGGAUGGCUAUCCAGAUGCUCUUGCCAUACUGAAGAAUACAUCUGGAAGCAAUCAGCAGGCCUUUUUACUGGAGAAUGUCCCUUGUAAUAACGCAAGCUGUGAGGGGGCGCAUCGUAUGUUUAAAGUCUACUGGGAGCUGAUGGACCUAAACCAAAUCCGAAAUGCGGUGGUUGCCACCUUCUUUGACAUUUACGAAGAUGGAAUCUUGGACAUUAUAGUACUAAGCAAAGGAUAUACGAAGAAUGAUUUUGCCAUCCAUACACUAAAAAAUAACUUUGAAGCAGAUGCUUAUUUUGUUAAAGUCAUUGUUCUUAGUGGUCUCUGUCCUAAUGAAUGUCCUCGUAAGAUAACAAUGAGCCAUCAUCAUUUUUGGCCUGACUGGAGUCAUCUGAGUCAUCCUUCAAAAAGCAACCAGAGUGAUCUUUCUAAAAUCAGUGGCUGCCCUUUGCCCUUGAGAAAUGGUUCUAAUUUUGUUUGUAGAGUUCAAGCCUCUGUUUAUCUCUUCAGCCUUAUCCCUUGCUGUUCCUCCUCACACCCUCUCUCAGCUCUCUGUCAGGCACACUGCACUACUUGUUCUGUGUGCUCUCUCAUCUUGCAUUUUAUUCCGCUACUCUGAAGCCUCCUCUUCUUAUCUUCUCCAGAGUCUUCCAAGUGAUCUUCAGGUGAGCUGUUAGAUGAUAUUUCCUGUGAGAAUUAUUCCCUGGCUCCUCUUUUACAUAGGAUUAGACACAUGUUCUACUGUUUCUUAGCACCUUGUGCUUAGUUAGUCCUACUACUUAUCUUCUGUUAUAUAGUUGGUAAGCUAUCUGUAUUAACUCCUUGAAGAGGAAAGGCUGUGCCUGUUUAUUAUUCUGUCCUUACUCCCUAACACAGUGCUUUACACAUAAUAUAAUAAAUUUUUGAUGUAUUAUUAAAUGAGCUUUCCCUAAAAUUUGGUUUAUUUUUUUAAUGGUCCUUCAUUGAUAAAUUUACCAUGCCAUCUCUUACCAAAAUCACAUAUUCACUGUUAAGUGUGAGCACUUGCAAAAUAAAUUACAACUUAUUCACAAGAGAAAUGCACUCUGCAAAGCCCUGAUAUAAAGGGAAAACAUACCUUAUUUAUGUUCCCAGAGAUAUGUCUUUUUACAGUCCUUUACGAAGGAAAAUUAUCUUAUAGUUCUAACAGGAAAAUAACCAAAAAUAAAGAGAAUAAUAUAUUGAAUUUAAUGUCUUGAAGAAAUGAAUAAGAAACAAUAUAAAAAAUUCAGUAUUGAACUAAAUUGGGCAAUGUGACUAACACUAAUGAAGAUAAGGAAAAAUAUCAGUGAAUGUUUAUGAAAAACAUGAUUACCUUUGAGAAAAAUAAAGUCAUGCUGUAAAUCAGCUAUUUUUCUAAUAUUUUAGAAUCAUAAAUUUAUAUUGCAUAAUUAAACCUAAUACUGAUUUUAUAUGUAAUAUCUGUAAUACCAUAUAAGACAUAGUAUGUUGGGGCUUCCUAGGUGGCGCAGUGGUUGAGAAUCCGCCUGCCAAUGCAGGGAACAUGGGUUCAAUCCCUGCUCCAGGAAGAUCCCACAUGCCACGGAGCAACUAAGCCUGUGCGCCACAGCUACUGAGCCUAUGCUCUUAAAAAAAAAGAGAGAGAGAGAGAGAGAGAAAAAAAAAAAGACAUAGUAUGUUAAGUUCUUCCAGUUUUGUUUUACCUUCCAGAGCCAAUGAUGUAAAAUAUAUUUGGUCUUCACUGUAGGAACCCAAGUCCUUGAAACAGAUCCUUAAAUAAUCAGGUACUUGAGACAGAUAUAGAAACCACCAGGAUUUCUCCAGGAUACUGAAAAGGAUAGUUUUCUGAGGAAAAUAGCGGCAUUCCAACCCUAAUUUCUUAUGUCAUAAAGAGGACAAUUAGUUAGAAAGAAGCUAUGUAAUACAACACCUAAACUACAUUACAUCAGUAUGACACAUCCUAGAAUAAGAAAAAAACAACCAAACAGUCCUUUUUUACUUACAGUAUGGGAAAGUUGAGAUAUCAGUGAUGUUUUUUAAUUUAACUUCCUGAAUUCCUUGAAAUAUCAGAUGUGACAUUUUAAAGGAAAGGUAGGAUAAUCUGUGGGAGAUUUGUAGUAACAUUUUCACAAAGAAAGUGAACUUACUAGAUGAUUGGGUAGUGUUCAGCAUUAUAUAGGAAUAACCAAUUCUUAAUCCUUUCUUACAAAAAUUUAUUGUCAAUUUACUAAAUAUUUUCCAUAAAAAUGUAUCUGCUUUAUUAAAAAAAUUUUUGAGAGAAUAGUUCAUUUUAUAGAAACCCUAGUACGCCUUCAUUUCAUUAAGCAAGAACUCUUUGCACUUAGAUAAUGAAGAUUAUCAUACUACUUGCCAUAGGUUGCAUCCUCAAAAGUGUGUCUGGAAAAUUCAAAUGAAACUAAGGAUGUACAAAAGUAGCACCAGGUCCAUUCCUAGACACCCUGACUCAAAACCUGCUCCCACCAUUUACAAACUUUUAUCUGUUCAAUCAGGAACUUAUAUGUCUCACUGUAUAAUAGAAGAAACUGUCUCAUGGAAUUCUGAAGAACUCCAUAAUUAUUCACUUAAAAUAGGAAGUUAAAAGUGAUUGCUUAUUUUAUAUAUCAUUAAAGUAUGACUGUGUAUAUUAAGUACCUUUUCCUUACCCCCAUGUAUAUGGAAAACAUUUCUAAACAUUAAAACAUAGGAUUGGCACGUAAGUCUAUACCCAGCAAACUACCUCUCAGAAGUUUGUCAUUUCUGCCUUAUUACUUCUCCUGCUGGAUAGAACAGGGUGAGAAAAUUCCACCCAGUGGACCAAAUCCAGCUUGCUGCCUGUUUUUGUGAAUAAAAUGUUAGUGGAACAUAACCACACUCAUUUGUUUACAUACUAUCUAUGUCUGCUUUCAUGCUACAACAUCAGAGUUAAGUAGUUGCAACACAAGACCUUAUGGCUCACAAAGCCUACAAUAUUUACUAUCUGUCUGGCUUUUUAAAGAAAAAUUUUGCCAACUCCUGGGCUAAAAUAACAACUACGAUAGAAAGUAAGUUGCUCUCAUCUUUCUCUGAUUUGCUGUGUGUUCUGACCAGUACACCUAAACUUUUUUAAGCCAGCAUCCUAAUUAUCCAUUUAAUCAGAUAUUUUCCUUUUCUGAGAUGUUCCCUCCAAAUCAUUUUUAAACUAUCUCUUGUGACACCACAUAAAAUACAGAAUUCUUUUGUUUGAAAUAUUCUGCAUUUAUUGUUGAAAGUAAAACAGUUCCUCUCUUCAUGGUUAUUAUUCUCUCUCUGAAUUUGUCACAUGC